GUAAUAAUCAAUGAAGCGUAUCCAUCGCCUUAACUUCUAACCGCCGAAUGUUAAACUUCACUUUAAACUUAAACACGACCGUGAUAACGUCACUUUAAUAGCAAAAUGUUGAUUUGUGUAUUUACCGUGAUAAUUGUGGGAUACCUCAGUACAUCUAUAGAAGCUUGCAACACUGGCGAGCCGGAUGGGACAGGAGUCGAACUUCUCGGUACCAAAUAUGACUGCAAGUAUUUACGGAGUUACUACCCGGAAGACAAGUAUAUUGGUAUAUAUAACUCAAGGAAGUACCACUGCCAAAUGCCUCACACUGACUGCUGUGAAUCAUGUAACCACGUACUUAGUUGUCAAGACGCCCCAGUAAAUGGCAUUUACCUUGCUGAGAUGUAUUUCAACUGUUCUUUCUUGCAAAAAUAUCACAUCGACGACGAAUAUGUUGGUAUUUACAAGAAUAGAAAGUCAAUCUGUAAACAAUCUACCACUGAUUGUUGUGAAUCUUGCGAGAGAGUCUUCAACGAGGUCGUGGAAUCAACAACAUCUGGUAUAAAGGAGACAACAACAACAACAUCAACACCAACACAACAAUCUUUAAUAGAAACAUCAGCAACACAGCUUAAAGAUACAUGUACAUAUGGAUGCCUCUGGAUUGGAGACGGUUCAGUGGGAGAGUGUAGUUGGUUGCUAGACCAAUCAAAAUCAGCAGCGUACAACAUUAGGCUAAUGCUAUGUAUGAAGGGGCUCACGAACGGAUGUGAGCGCACUUGUGACAUCGUUAUAACUGAAUCAAAAAAUAGCGGACAGAAAGGUGAAUUGACGACUGUUAGACCAACAACGCGUCCAGCUUGUGAAGAUACGGUCGUCAUUGUAAAUAAAGAUUUCUACGCAUGCAGCGAUCUUUUGAAUCCAAACUCUAAUAUAUACAACAACAGACAAGCAUUUUGUUCCUCCAACAAGAGCGCGUGCUGUCUCACGUGUCAGCGAGUCGUAAACGAGAAACCUUCUGGGGUAAUAAAAUACACCGAUGAAAACCAGAUCGGCAAAAAUGGAAUUGUGAUUGAACAGAUUCCGCAGACUGCUCAAAAUAUUAAAUUAAAGUCGACAAAAAAGAGCAAAACACAGACGUCAGUAGUGACGACAGCACAACCGGCAACCAAUCAACUGUCAUCCUUAUUACACAUUCUCAAAGCUACCUCGGACAGAUUACAAAGAGAAGAAGAGAAAAGGAGAAAUGCCCUGAACGCUUUAAUGUCAAACAUCAUGUCAACAUUCUUUAGGUUACAGAAAGCUGGCAAUACAAACACGAACUUUAAAUAGAUGAUAUCAAUAAUGAACUGGUCGUAUCUAGGUGACAGGACGGAAGUGGUUGGAGAAUGAAAGACGACAUUCUUGUCCAUCCUCUUUCUCUAAGUUAUUGUAUUUACUUUUGUUAUUGAUCAUGGAAUAAUUUAAACCAUAUAGGUUUAUAUAAUAAUUUAGUCCUAUUUAAGGACACAAACCGAAUGUCUUCAAUCCAGGAGAUUUAUAACACUGUACGUUUGUAUUGUCCAUUUUCAUUGGAUAAUCUUAGAUAUGGUGACGUAUAUAUGAACUAUAUUCACGGCUGCUGUCAGUUUAUGAAGUUGUUUGUUUUUAUCUACAUUUGUAAUAAAGGAAGUUAGUUAUUA